AUGUCGUCAAAAAUAGCUGUUCUUCUUCUGAUUUGCGUCCUUGCUUCCGACGCAUGUGCGCCGCAACAGAGAAGAGCUGCAGCUGGCGGCGGAGGAACUCCUCAAGUUAUACAGAACAUUGUUGUAGUGACUGAAGCUACUACCACUCCUACCACAACGACUACAGCCGCAACUACUACAACAAUGGGGAUGGGAAAAUAA